UCUCUGUCUCUGUCUCCCUCUCUCCCUCUCUCUCGGGGCGGAUGUGCUACGUAGCAGGGCCCGGAUACGUUGUGUAGAUAUCUCCUGGCAGGUACCUACCUCGUGGGGCAAACCCGAUAACCUCUCUGCAUGGGGGGGAAGAGAACCGCCUCCUGUCCCUCUCUGGUAGAGGACAGGGAUACCCCGAGAUGCCCACUCACUAUCUCGACUUGCUAUCUUCUAUGUAGGUGCGUAUGUAGGUAUGUUCGAAGUAGGGUCAUGUAGGCGCACACAUACCUACACCCGUCAGAGCUGAUGGCCCGGGUAUGCCUUGCUCGCAUCCCCACAUACUCGGGUCGGGUGCUGGGCGCUUUCAUCGUUCUGAUAAUCGAUCUGGCAAUACUUACAUAGGGAAGGCCCCCCCCUCUCUCCCCCACGGGAGACGUCCUCGUUUCUCUCUGCUCGGUUCCCUUCUUUUUUUGUCUGUUUCUUUUUCUCUUCUUUGUUUUGCUCGAGUCGUUCAUUGCUUGGCGCCUGAUAGGCACCCUCUAUCAUGGCAGCCCAGGAUCCCAACGCGCCCACGGAUAGCAAUGGCGGCGCUCUGGUGGCUACCGCCGUCACGAUGCUGGCCUUCUCGUGGCUAUCCGUGGCUUUAAGAUCGUUCGUCCGUGCUAGAUUAACUAAUGGGUUUCAGUGGGAUGACUGGUUUAUGUUGGCUGCUCAGGUAAACUUCACCAUAUCGUGUGUUUUCAUAUUAGAGGGAGUGAGCACUGGCCUGGGCCGGCACAACAAGUCGCUCGACCAGCAGGAUGAGAUCAAGGCCUUGAUGUACCAGGCCCUGGCCACCGCCACCUACAUCCUCAACAUGUGGCUGGUCAAGCUCAGUAUCGCCAUCUUUCUUGUUCGGCUCUCUUCGCAAAACAGAUACAAGUACACGAUAUACGGCAGCAUCACCGUCGUGAGCAUAUGGAGCAUAGUCCUAUUCUUCUGGAAUCUGUUCCAAUGCAACCCAGUCCCCGCCCAAUGGGACUACACAAUCCUGCAGCAGGACCCCAACGCUCGCUGCGUGUCCGCUGACGAGAUCGUCAAUGCUGCCUACGCGCUGAGCGUCAUGAACGUAUUAUCCGAUUGGCUGUACGCCCUGAUACCGAUACCGAUGCUUUGGAAGGUGAAGAUGACGGCCCAAGCAAAGCUCACGGUGGUCAUCGUGCUGGGUCUGGGUGUUUUUGCGAGCAUCGCUACUCUUGUCCGGCUCAAGUUCCUCUCGGACCUUACGGAAUUAGAGGACAUCUUGCAUAACGGGACGGACGCGAUGGUUUGGACGUUGAUUGAACCCGGAGUCGCCAUCGUCGCAUCGAGUCUGGUCACUAUACGUCCUCUCCUUCGCCUCUGGAAGAUUAAGGGAUUCGGGACGACUGGAUACAGCCGCUCAGCUGGCCCGUUCGGCAACAGCCAGCCUAUAUCACGCACCACUCGAUCGAAUAAGAUGCCGGCUUUCGGCUCUGCCGAAGUCACCCUGGUGGAUGUCGAGCUUGGCCAGUCGAAAGGGUCCAAGUCCGGAGGGAAGCUUCACCGAUCUUUAUCGCUCUCAGACGCCACGACCGUGGGAAGUUCCCGUUCUCGAUCAUCGUCGGAUGCACCCUUGGUGGCAGGCAGAUUACAACGAUCCCGGUCGAUAUCGGACGCCGAAACGUUGACCAGCAAGAGCCAUCGGUCCCGACCGUCGCAUAUGUCCAUGGUUUUCGAGGCGCCUUUAGAGGAGGACGACGGGGCGCUGCGACCACCGGAACACGAGGACCCGAGCGGCUCGAGGAGACAAGAGGUGAAGAGCGAGAUGUAUAUCAUCGAAGGUGCCGGCCCACCUACGCCGCCCCCGACGACACACAAAGGACCCGUACGCAACGACACCUGGUUAUCGGAGCAGGGUUCAUCGAGCGAUGAAUCUUUCGAAAUAACCCAGGUUACCUCUCGAUUUAAUGACGCCGACGACUCCCCACGAUUCGGCAAGCCACUGCCAUUAUUACCACCGUCAUACCAGAGGUGAACGGCACAGUCGAAACGAAAGAACAGAACCAAUAUAUAUAUAUUCUAUACGUAUACUUUCCGCCCCCGAGCAGGUCCGUUACCAAUAAGACGCCACUUCCGGGACCAAAUCAACGCCGACUUAAAAUUUCCUUUCUAUUCUUAGAUGUAUAAAUGAGAUAUACCGGACAUACCCAAGGGUCGAAACUAGGUUAGCUAACGGUGGGCGGCUGGGCCAUAGGGAAGCGUUUUCUUUUUCUUGGCUGUGGGAUGCCUGUACUGCAGUACGGGAGGGCGGAGAGGAAGGGGAGUUACGAGGGAAAGAAAACUCCUUACCAUCGGAGUGCAAUCUUGGCCAGAGGGCUGGCUUGUCUCGGGUAUUUUUUUUUUUUUACAAGUAUCUUUGGAUAGAAGGACUUGUCACUAUCGCCACUUACGUCGCCUAGGCCUACUAGACGCCCUGAAGGGGACGGGAGAGCCCGAUUAGGCACUGGGCGGAACUGUUGAGGUAUUAGCCCAUCCUCAGAGGGAGAAGACGAGGUGUACCUGUACACGGCGCCCGGGAGGAAGAUCGUCAGACUUCCAGAGAGAGUUCGAGGUUCAUACCUCGGUAGUAUUAACUACGUACAUAGUAAAUACAGGCCUACUAAUUCUGAA